CAGACCAGGUAACACCCCCUACUUCCUGUCAUAUAGAGCCCUACUGUCUGACCAGGCCCUGGGGACCACAGACCAGGUAACACCCCCUACUUCCUGUCAUAUAGAGCCCUACUGUCUGACCAGGCCCUGGGGACCACAGACCAGGUAACACCCCCUACUUCCUGUCAUAUAGAGCCCUACUGUCUGACCAGGCCCUGGGGACCACAGACCAGGUAACACCCCCUACUUCCUGUCAUAUAGAGCCCUACUGUCUGACCAGGCCCUGGGGACCACAGACCAGGUAACACCCCUACUUCCUGUCAUAUAGAGCCCUACUGUCUGACCAGGCCCUGGGGACCACAGACCAGGUAACACCCCCUACUUCCUGUCAUAUAGAGCCCUACUGUCUGACCAGGCCCUGGGGACCACAGACCAGGCCUGUUCUCUCCCAGAUACAGCGGUGUUCAGCCUUGCCCCAGCGGGAGAGAACACACCUUCCACACCUGUCUCUGUGGCCUGCUGGGACCUGCUGAGGAAGGAGGGGGAGAUCCCUCAGUUCCCUCUACCAAGCAGACACAUGAUGUUCAGCUGCCUGCCCACCACAGACCCUGGACCUGUAGCUGGGUCUGAGUCCUGGAGCCUCCCGGCCCCCAUCAGACCUGACUUCCCCAGGCAGAGUGUGGCCGUCCCUGGGGAGAUCUGCAGUAGCAGUGGCCUGAGCACCAGAGCGUUGGUGAUGACGUGUCAGGAACACCUGGGCGUCACCUACGUGACGCUGAACGAGGACCCCUGUCCUCACAUGGUCAUCCACAAUCAGACCCCUCUCUCUAUGCUGCUCAGGGAGAAUGUCAAGGAACCCCCCAGGACAGAGGUGUACUGCCGCCCCCUCCCUGCCAACUCCUCCCUCCACCAUGGCCUCUACCACCACUUCUCCAGCUUCCCCGCCUGCAGACAGAGAGAGCCUCUACCGACCGUGCGGCUGAAGACCAGUCCUGACCCCAACAGUCUGCCGCCCGGCGACCUGCAGGCGUCUCCGGAGUGGAGCGACCCCGUGGACAUCAACUGCCCCGGCACACAGGUGGUUUUCCUACCAGGGUUUGGCUGUCUCUACAUAGAUGUCGUCCAUCAGGAUGGCACAAUCAUCCUUACCCUGGCACCAGAGGGCAGCGUGGACUCUGUCAUGAGCCUGCACAACAGGACGUCCAAUCGGAAGCUGGCAUUCAGGGUGUUGCUGAGCGAGGCCAGUGUGUCGCUGAGUGAUGACAUCACCAGUCGUUCGGGUUCCGUGGAGCUCUUGAGGCUGACUCUGUCCAAGCUGCUACUGAACCUGUGUCCUGCCCGUCUGGGUGACUCUGGCAUGGGGCUGGUCACCGCCGGGAUGGGAGAGGCCUGUCUGGUCGAAGUCCACUGUGCCAGCCUGCAGGUGGGUCGACUCGUAUUUAUAGGUCACCUGACGAAGGCCGUUUAUAGGUCACCUGACGAAGGCUGUUUAUAG